CUAGCCACAAAGGUUGGGCUAGGGGAAAGGAAGAGGGGAGACGGGGGCUUGGAGUCUGCAGUGGCGGUCCCGGUGAGGGGAGGUGGGUGCUGCGGUGCAGCCUCUGGCUCAGCAGCCCCCCUCGUCAGCCUCCAGCCCGAGGGGAGGAGAAUUAAGGCUGCUCCAUAAUGGAUGGAGGAGAAGGUGUUGCCAACCCUGUGAUUAACAAAAGGUUUGUGACUGAAGCAGAGCUCGAAGAGCGGCGCAAGAGGAGGCAAGAAGAAUGGGAGAAGGUUCGAAAGCCAGAGGACCCUGAAGAGUGUCCCGAAGAAGUGUAUGACCCCAGGUCGCUCUAUGAGAGACUUCAGGAACAGAAAGAUAAGAAGCAGCAGGAGUUUGAAGAGCAAUUCAAAUUCAAAAAUAUGGUCAGAGGCCUAGACGAAGAUGAGACCAAGUUCCUCGGUGAGGUUUCCCGGCAACAAGCCCUCAUAGAAAAGCAGCGUCGAGAAGAAGAUCUGAAAGAACUGAACGAAUACAGAAGCGCUUUGUCAAAGGUUGGGGGGAGUGCUGACUUGAAAAAAGAGGCCGAGAAAAAACUAUUGGUGAAAUCUUUGGAAAACAAGAGCAAGUUCUCUCAGGCGAAGCUGUUAGCAGGUGCUGUGAAACACAGAAGUUCAGAAGGUGCCAACAGUGUGAAAAGGUUGAAGCUCGAUCCUGAUCCCGAGCCGGACGAGUCUCCAGAAAAGCCCUCUUGUAUUCCUCUGGGAAGCAGCUCCUCAAGCGACCCUAUGCUUCACUGCCCUUCAGCUGCCGUGUGCAUUGGGAUCCUGCCCGGCCUCGGGGCCUACUCAGGAAGCAGCGAUUCCGAAUCCAGCUCGGACAGCGAAGGCACCAUCAACUCGGCCGGCAAGAUAGUCUCCUCAGUAUUUCGAGGCAGCAGCAGCUUCUUCGACGGCCCGUUGUAGGAUUCGUCCCGACUCAUUCGAUGCUUGUACGGGAAGGCUCUUCCUCCCGCUUCGUUCCUUCAUCCUGGUCAUCUUCAAGCACUCGGCAUCAUCCAUCUCCUGUUUUUCAGAUAAUACCAAAAGGCGUACUGAAGCUGUCUUCUGUGGGUGUCUCUUUCUUCCUUUAAGACUGCCUUUGGUUUGGGGGAGAAGUAUUGUUUUUAUUGUGUAACUGAGAAGAAGUGGAUUGCCACAACGCUGUAGCAGAGUUUUAGUGUUGCCUAUGAUUAAAGAAAUCCCAAAUACA